AAAUGGCGUCUCUUCUUCCAGAUGUUUUGUAUGAGGUGCGUGGACAAGCCCCGGCGCCCAGCAAGGACUUCUACCAGUUUCUUGUGGAUCGAAAGAGCGUAAUUUUUAGAUGGUGGAAAAUUUCUCUUCGAAGUGAAUUUCGUGAAGCAAGACCUGGAGAACUCAAAGAAUCCCAUGAGGACUUUUUGGAUGACCCUUCUCUCCAAAUUCAAAUAGCCUAUAUCUUUGGACCAGGAACUCUGGAUCAUAUCUUCAAUUUGUGCCAGGGUAAAUUUGAUUUCCUGGCACGACUUCCUGACCGAUUGCUUCUGUGCAUCGUGGCCUAUUUGGAUCUUGAAGAUAUUUGCCGGCUUGCUCAAGUAUCUCACAGAUUUGAAAGGUUAUGCAACUCUGAUGCACUGUGGGAAAUGAUUGUGCAAAAUUUGUGUGGUCAUAUUACUGAAGAAAUGACAGCACUGGCUCGUGAAAUCGGCUGGAAGCAGUUCUUCUUCACUAAUAAACUUCAGCUGCAGCUCCAGCUCCGAAGGAGGAGACAGAAGGAAGAAGACUGA